AUGGCAGGAUUGCAGAGUGCUUUAGCGUAUCGACUUGCUUUAGUUGACCAAGAAAGGCAACAGCAACAACGAGGGUAUGAUUUCCUGCGGCGGUCCCUGCUCCAUAAGGUUGUUGCUGCAUGUGCUCAGGGAGGCUCAGCAGCCAAACUCGAUCGCCACGGAGGUCGGGUCUCGUCGAGUGACGAACUGGUUAUUAGGGAUGAACGUGGGAUUGCCAGUAUUGGUGAUAGCGAUGUAGUGUCUAAUGCGGGGGAUGACAUGACGGGUGUCAGUGUUUCGUCACAAUGGCCCAGUCCAGAUGAGGAAACGGAGGAGCCUCCUUCACGGAAGUUGUUGGGCUUCCAAAGUACCCCUAUGGAGUCCGUCGGUGCGAAAGGCAAGAAGCGCGAGGAGGGAACUUUUGGUGCAGGGGUGUUGGAGACCACCGGAGGGCGCUUGCAGGGCUUGGACGAUUCCGAUGUAGUUCCGAGUUUCCGUCCCACUAUUUCGCUAGUCUCAGCCAGACUGGCGCGACAACGGCGGUUGAAAGAUCGUGCGGAGGGUUUACCCAUUUCAGAGUACCUUUUUCAGCGAGGUAAGGCCACUAACAGGGUCGGCAAGCAAGAGCAAGGUGAGACUGUCCGUGCACAUGCGGAUCCCACAGUAGCAACGAGGGUGAGAAAGGUGACCUUCACAGCUUCUACCGUGGAAAGACUGUACUCAAACCCAAAGGGGAAGCAAGGGAACGACACUCAACAUAGAAAGCAGCAGUUACAGGAUAUCUCCCCGACCGAUAUAGAUCUUCGCUUUCAUCCGUUGAUAUCGGAGAGGGCAGCGAAGCUACAGAGGGGAACGAGCAGAAAGGUGCAUGAUGACCUAUACGAACAUGGAGUCCGAAGGCAACUACAGAAGAAUUGCGCUCAGCCGCGGAACGAACCCUCGUUUCACCCUACCAUUAACCAGGUGAGCGAGAUGAUUGUUAGGGGGUUGUCCAACCCUGCCGUAGCGGGGCUGACGUAA